AUGCGCUCAUCGCUGCCGCUCAAUGAUCCAGAGUACCGAGAGAACCAGAUAGGCAUCCAGAUGCUGUCCAAGAAUCUCUACGAACAGCUAUUUCCGCAGCGUGGACCGGGAGCAAGCCCGGACCAAGUCAACUUCUCCCGCAAGCUCCUGAAGGACUUUGAUCUGCUGGGCAAAACACAAGCGCCCCUCGGCGAAGUCAAACUCGAGCUUCCCAAGCUGCUGGGCAGCAACAUCGAGGACCACUUUACGAUCCUUGGCCUGGAGCAGUGCCAUCCGUACUUGGACAUGGCAACGUCGUUUUGCAGUCCCAAAGUCGCCCCGCCUGCGUAUCCCAAGACAUGGUCGCAGACACCCGGAUGGACUCGCUACAACGCCGACGGAUCCGCCGAGUCGGUGCCCUAUCCCGAUGCCGAUGCAAUCGUCUUUGACACCGAGGUGCUGUACAAGCUGAGCCCCCUGCCGGUGAUGGCCGUCGCGCUAUCGGAAACACACUGGUACUCGUGGACGACGGCGGAUCUGUUCUCGCGAGACAAGCCCUUCAGAGAUCUGAUUCCGCUGGGCCAGCCCGAUCGACCCAAGGUCAUCAUCGGACAUCAUGUUGCCUUUGACCGCGCGCGCAUCAAGGAAGAGUACCAGGUCGAGUCGACGCAAUAUGCCUUUAUCGACACACUCAGCCUGCAUUGCGCCGUCGGGGGCCUGUCGAGCCAGCAGCGGAGCACCUGGAUGAUGAGCAAGAAGGCCGAGCUGUCCUUCAAAGAAGAUCCGAUCCAGCAUGAGAUGUUCAAGCUGCACCAGGAGAAGUGGAUCGCGCAUGGCUCUCUCAACAGCCUCAAGGCCACGGCCGAGCUGUAUCUGGGCAAGAACAUUGACAAAUCCACCCGAGACAUGUUCGAUACCUUGAACAAGGAAGACAUUAUCCAGAGCUUCCAGGAAUGUAUGCGCUACUGCGCCGACGACGUACUGACGACGUACGAGCUCUACCGCAAGCUGUUUCCAAAGUUCCGGCUCAAGGCACCGCACCCGGUGUCGUUCGCGGGGAUGCUGCACAUGGGCAAGUCCUAUCUGACGACCACCAAGGAGUGGAAGAACUAUGUGAUUUCGUCUGAGAAAAAGUGCCGCGAGUAUCGCGAGCGGGUCUCGGAGAUCCUGAUGUCGCGCAUCCAGGACGCCUUCCACAAAGAAGAGAUUGCUGAUGUCCAGGACGAUCCCUGGCUCAAGCAUCUGGACUGGACUCGCAAGGAACACAGGAUCACGAAGCGGACUGACCCGAACGAUCCGCGGCUUGGGCGGCCCAAGUGGUUCCGGGACCUGUACAACACCAAAACGAAGACGAUCCAGCUAUCCCUCAGCAAGCGUGUGGUGCCGUAUCUGCUGCGGCUGCAGUGGAAGGGCUAUCCGCUCUAUCACAGCGCUGGCUUUGGCUGGCUGUAUCGAGUGCCAGUGCGCGAGGCCGGCUCGAUCAAAACACCGCCGGUCACCUUCAGCGCCUCCGCCGACGACAAGACCUACGACCCAAAAGCCGUGGAGGAUAGCGCACAUGUAUACUUUCGGGUGCCGCACAAAGAUGGCGAGAACGUCAACUGCGGCAACCCGCUGGGCAAGUCCUAUCUGCCUGCCUUUGAGGAGGGAACGCUGACCUCGAACUGCCCCGAGGCGCUCGAGAUUCUGAAGCUGAAUGCCAAGUGUUCGUACUGGAUUUCGGCUCGCCGGCGAGUCAUUGAUCAGUUUGUGGUCUGGCAGGAUGGCGGCGAGAUCGAUCUGGGCGAGAUCAAGAGCUCGAACGACCAGGCUGUCGGGGUCAUCCUGCCACUGGCGAUUGCCAUGGGCACAGUGACUCGACGUGCAGUGGAGCCAAUGUGGAUGACGGCCGCCAACGCGAGCGAGAAGCGCAUUGGCUCGGAGCUCAAGGCCAUGAUCCGGCCGCCGUCGGGAUACAAGUUCAUUGGCGCAGACGUCGACAGCCAGGAGCUCUGGAUCUCGUCGCUAUUGGGCGACGCGCAGUUCGGGAUCCAUGGUGCCACGCCGAUCGGAUUCAUGACCCUGCAGGGAGCCAAGGCCCUCAAGACCGAUCUUCACUCAACCACAGGGGCUAUUCUGGGCAUCAGCCGUGAUCACGCCAAGGUUUUCAACUACAGUCGCAUCUACGGGGCGUCGGUGCACUAUGCCGUGCAGCUGCUUCUGCAGCACAACCCAGGCAUCACCAAAGCCGAGGCGACCGAGAAGGCUGAGGCCCUAUACAAGCAGACCAAGGGCCUGACCUCCAAGAUGAUCCAGCCAUGGAACAGCAAGUUUUUCUUUGGGGGGAGCGAGUCUCACAUGUUCAAUGCCCUUGGGUCGAUUGCCAAGUCGGACGAGCCCCGCACACCGGUCCUGGGCUGUGCGAUUCCAGACACACUGAACCCAGCGAACGUUGGAAAUGAGUACUAUCGAAGCCGGGUCAACUGGGCCGUGCAGUCGUCGGGGGUUGACUAUCUCCACUUGCUCUUGGUGUCGAUCCACUAUCUGUUCCGCCGCAUGGGAAUCUCGGGCCGGUUCUUGCUCAGCAUCCACGAUGAGGUCCGGUUCCUGGUCAAGGAGGAGGAUGAGGUGCCGGCCUCGCUGGCACUUCACAUCAGCAACCUGUGGGUCCGAGCGCUCUUUGCCAGCCGCGUCGGUAUCCAUGAUCUUCCCUUGUCGGUCUCGUUCUUCUCUUGCGUCGACAUUGACCACUGCCUCCGCAAAGAGGUGUACAUGAACUGCGUGACGCCCUCGAACUCGGCCCCGAUCGACGUGGGAUUCUCGCUGUCGAUCUACCAAACCCUGGCCCAGGUCGAGGCGUGGAAGCAAAGCCGCAGCAUCGGAUCGAUCUAUGGCGAUGAAGUACCGACGGUUGCCCGGCUGGAGCAAGCGUUCUUGGAGGAAGCCAAGCAACUGACCGGGCCAGCAGCGCCACCCGCCAAGCGGGCCGCAGUCCAGGAUCUGGACUGGACAUUUGCGCAGAUGCUCAAGUCGCAGCGCGAGAUUGGGCUGCUGGCGUCGUUGGUGGGGCUAGGUCGACACUCGCCAGCGAUCUUUGAGGCACUGGAAGGUCCGAGACAGCCGGGCUGGGACACAGAGAGCGUCCUCCAGGAUCUCUUGGAGCGGUCGCGGGCAGGCAGCAUGCGGGUACUGAAGCAUUCGGCUGCAUCGAGGAGGGGGACGUUCCAGGGGCGCAAGGCAAAUGGGACUCUGUCGCCGCCGGCGAAUUGA